UGGAAGGGAGGCAGAGGCGGCGGCUCAGGGCGAUCGAGGUUGCAGGGGUGGUGGUGGUGGUGGGAAGAUGUCGGGCGAGGACGAGCAGCAGGAGCAAACUAUUGCCGAGGACCUGGUCGUGACCAAGUAUAAGAUGGGGGGCGACAUCGCUAACGGGGUACUUGGGUCUUUGGUUGAAGCAUCCUGCUCAGGUGUGUCGGUACUGAGCCUGUGUGAGAAAGGUGAUGCCAUGAUUAUGGAAGAGACAGGGAAAAAUUUCAAGAGAGAAAAAGAAAUGAAAAAAGGUAUUGCCUUUCCCACCAGCAUUUCAGUAAAUAACUGUGUAUGUCACUUCUCCCCUUUGAAGAGCGACCGGGACUAUAUUCUCAAGGAAGGUGACUUGGUAAAAAUUGACCAUGGGGUCCAUGUGGAUGGCUUCAUCGCUAAUGUGGCUCACACUUUUGUGGUGGAUGUAGCUCAAGGGACCCAAGUAACAGGGCGGAAAGCAGAUGUCAUUAAGGCAGCUCGCCUUUGUGCUGAAGCUGCCCUGCGCCUGGUCAAACCGGGAAACCAGAACACACAAGUGACAGAAGCCUGGAACAAGGUUGCCCACUCGUUUAAUUGCACACCAAUACAAGGUAUGUUGUCUCAUCAGUUGAAGCAGCAUGUCAUCGAUGGAGAGAAAACAAUUAUCAAGAAUCCCACAGACCAGCAGAAGAAGGACCAUGAAAAAGCUGAAUUUGAGGUACAUGAAGUAUAUGCCGUGGAUGUUCUUGUCAGCUCAGGAGAGGGCAAAGCCAAGGAUAUGGGACAGAGAACCACCAUUUACAAACGAGACCCUUCUAAACAGUAUGGCCUGAAAAUGAAAACUUCAUGUGCCUUCUUCAGUGAGGUUGAAAGGUGUUUUGAUGCCAUGCCAUUUACUGUAAGAGCAUUUGAAGAUGAGAAGAAGGCCCGGAUGGGUGUGGUGGAGUGCGCCAAACAUGAACUGUGGCAGCCAUUUAAUGUUCUCUAUGAGAAGGAGAGUGAAUCUGUUGCCCAGUUGAUAUUUACAGUCCUGCUCAUGCCCAAUGGCCCCAUGUGGAUAACCAGUGGUCCCUUUGAACCUGACCUCUACAAGUCUGAGAUGGAGGUCCAAGAUGCAGAGCUGAAGGCCUUCCUCCAAAGUUCUGCAAGUCAGAAAACCCAGAAAAAGCAAAAAAAGAAGGUCUCCAAGACUGCAGAGAAUGCCUCCAGUGGGGAAACAUUAGAAGAGAAUGAAGCUGGGGACUGAGCUGGGUCCCAUCUCCCCAGCUUGCUGCUCCUGCCUCAUCCCCCUCCCACCACACCCCAGGCUCUAUGAAGUGCAGUUCGUCUUCUCCACCCAGGACCGCCAACAGAGCAGGGUCUCCCUGCCCCCUUCCCUGUCCCCACCCCAACCCCUUCCAACAACAACCAGCUCCAACUGACUCUGGUCUUGGGAGGCCAGGCUUCCCAACCACUGAAGACUACUUUAAAUAGAAAAGAGAAAUUGAAUAAUAAAAUCAGGAGUCAAAAAAAAAAAAAAAAAAAA